AUGACCGGUCGAAAAGCAACAUCAACAACAACGACGACGACGACGAAAACGAGUACAACAAAAGGUCGAAUUCUAAAAAAAGAUAAAGCAAAAAAUCUUAUGCGAGAUUUACGUAUAAGAAAAUUAUGUUUAAAUAUUUGUGUUGGUGAAUCUGGUGAUCGUUUAACACGUGCAUCAAAAGUACUUGAACAGUUAACUGGUCAAACACCUGUUUUUUCAAAAGCACGUUAUACUGUACGUUCAUUUGGUAUUCGUCGUAAUGAAAAAAUUGGUGUUUUUUGUACUGUACGUGGUGAAAAAGCUAAAGAAAUUUUAGAAAAAGGUCUUAAAGUUAAAGAAUAUGAAUUACAUAAAGGCAAUUUUAGUGAAAUGGGUAAUUUUGGUUUUGGUAUACAAGAACAUAUUGAUUUAGGUAUUAAAUAUGAUCCAUCUAUUGGUAUCUAUGGUAUGGACUUUUAUGUUGUUCUCGGUCGAGCCGGUUACGAUAUUGGUAAACGUAAACAUAAGAAAGCACGUAUAGGUGCAUCACAUAGAAUAACAAAAGAUGAAGCUAUUAAAUGGUUUCAACAAACAUAUGAAGGUGUUAUUAUGCCAGGUGGUAAACCUAAGAAAGCCGGUGGUCAUCAACGACGUGGCAAGAAGAAAUAA